GGCUCCUCUUCUGUGUCAAUACAUUCAUGCUUUGAUUCUUCUUCUUCUUCUCUGUUUCUCUCCCUAUAUAAAGAUUCCAUUUUUUCCAUGAAAAUUCUUCAUUGAGCUAUGGCUACGUUACUGAAGAAGGUUUGGGAAUCGGUGGCGAACCGAGCGAGUUCGAGCACUGGCUCAGCUUUGACUCGACCCAGGUUGACCGUGGAGUCGUCUCUUGGGGAUUUUGAUGGGAUUCCGAUGGAUGUGUUGAUGCAAAUAGUGAAGUUGUUGGGGCCGAAGGAGGCCGCGAGAUUAAGCGUGGUCUGUAAGUCCUGGAAAUUGUUCGUCUCUGAUAAUCGACUGUGGAUCUACUUCCUCCACCAGCAACUGGAGCCCUGGGACUCCAUUUUCUUUUCAGAGACCAAUCUAAGGAAAGGUUGUCCUGUCAGUCUCUAUUGGAACGGCAGAGCAUUCUCCAGUCAUGUGAGCGAGUUAUCUUUCAAGCAAAUAUAUAGCCAACGGGCACAGGUUACUGGUUCCAUAAUUAUUGAUGGUGGUUCUGGCUAUUGCAAGUUCGGUUGGAGCAAAUAUCCUCGCCCAUCUGGUAGGUCGGCAACAUUUCUGGAAUUCGGUAACAUUGAAUCUCCUAUGUACUCUAGACUUCGGCAUUUUUUUGCAACUAUUUAUAGCAGGAUGCAAGUGAAAACAUAUACACAGCCGGUUGUCAUUUCCCUUCCAAUCUGCCAUUAUGAUGACACUGAAUCUGCCAAAGCAUCACGACGUCAGUUAAAAGAUGCCAUCUACUCAGCUCUGUUUGACAUGAAUGUUCCUGCUGUUUGUGCCAUCAAUCAGGCAACCUUAGCUUUGUAUGCAGCGAGACGAAUAUCUGGGAUUUCUAUCAAUAUCGGUUUCCAAGUCACAUCAAUUGUUCCAAUUUUGCAUGGUAAAGUAAUGCGCAAGGUGGGCGUGGAAGUCAUUGGUCUGGGAGCGCUUAAAUUGACAGGGUUCCUCAGGGAGUCGCUGCAACAGAAUGGUAUUAAUUGUGAAUCACUGUAUACUGUCCGCACACUAAAAGAGAACCUAUGCUAUGUUGCUGCUGAUUAUGAAGCUGAAUUAUCUAAAGACACGAGAGCAUCACUGGAAGUUCCUGGAGAAGGAUGGUUUAGUCUUUCAGAAGAACGCUUCAAAACAGGGGAGAUCUUAUUCAAGCCACGUUUAGCAGGAGUACGUACAAUGUCUUUGCACGAAGCGGUAGCACUUUGCAUGGAUCACUGUCAUGCUGCAGAAUUAACUGGUGAUGAUUCUUGGUACAAGACAAUAGUUUUAUCAGGCGGGAGUGCAUGCUUACCUGGACUUGCAGGGAGGCUAGAGAAGGAACUGCAUGGACUUCUUCCCCAACCCAUGUGCAAUGGAAUAAGAGUCAUUCCUCCCCCGUACGGCGUAGACACUGCAUGGUUUGGGGCAAAACUUAUCAGCACUUUGAGCACCUUCCCUGAUCCAUGGUGUGUGACAAAAAAGCAGUUUCGACGGAAGUCCAGACUAAGCCUCAUGUGGUAAAAAAGCCUUGUAGAGUUGAGCACCUUCUCAUGGCCUCUUAUAUAAUAUAGAAAAUAAGGCACUGGACCAUAUACUAACUUUACAUAGACAAGACAGUAUGCAUUUUGUUAUUAUUGUGAUAAACCGGGCAACUCUUUUGAGUCGAGGCCAAAACUCUUGGGGAACCUGAUUAUGCCUUAUGUGAGACAUUGUUCAGCUUAAGAGAUGGAAGCAUUCUUAAAUUAAAUAGGAGCUCCUUUGCUGUAAUUCUUUGUAUCA